UGAGUAAGACAUCUGUAUUUAACUUGUAUGAAAAAGAAGUGUCGUCGCGCUGCCAGGUGGAGCUGUGGGCAUUCGGUUGCCUCUGUGUGGCUGGAGAUCCGUAUUACGACAAAACAAAAUGUUUUCUUGCGUCAGCAUGCUGGUUACUAUUACCAACAUGGUGUGUAACACUGUAAAAGUGAUGAUUUUUUUUUAAAUGAAUACAAAUAUUAAUUGGAAUAAAAGUAAAAAAGGAGAAGGUCUGGUAGACAGAGGGAGAAAGACGAGGGCUAGCUCUGCUACUUGACAGCCGAAGCUCUUUUAAGCUCCUCGUUCUUCUGGCAAUGAUCCACACAUCUCAUGACUAUAGGUGAGGCUCAGGUCGUAGACAGACUGGUAAAUCAAUAACUCUCUGCACAUCAAUUCCUGCUGAGGAGGACACAACCUAUCUUUCGCUUCUUCUAUCACGCUACCGCUUUUGAGCAAGACACCGAGGAAUUUAAAGCGAUUGCUUGAGGCAUAGAAUGACCCUUGACCUGAAGGGAGACGUCUGCCGUUUCCUGCUGAGAACCACGGUUAAUGGAGCUGACUCUUAACCUGGCCGGUUCUCACUCAGCUGUGAACUGCUCAACUGCACAUCAAAAAUAAUCAAUUAUUUAUAAAUCAGAUUUGUACAUAGAAAGAAACAGAAACCUUUUUUUUCCCGCACGCACAGUGGGGCUGUCAGAGGUUUACGUAAAGCAGCAACAGUGUCAGUGUCAGACAUCUGGGGGGUUUAAUUAUGCAUUUGAACUUUUUUCACAGUGGAAUGAAUUUUCAAAACAAACAUCCGGUGGCUAUGAAUUAAAAUUUAAUGCAGAUUUCUGGAAUCUGAGCAGAGCCAAAAUUAGGCAUACUGGCUCAAAUAUAAACGUCAACAAAUGCUUUUAUAUUGAUACGUACCCCUUAGUCGUUGUUUGAUCAGGGCUUAAUCGAUGUCAUCCAUGAGUUUUGAUGUGCGAUCAUUCAAAAAAAAUCAAAAAGUAAUUCAGAAAUUACUACUGGAGUGCUGUUGUCAUCUCGCAAACCAUCGUCGGCUUGUUAUUAUAUGCUGAAAACAGACAGAUGACUGAUGGAGUGAAGGGUGAGAAAUGGAAAAUCAAACACGUAACAGACCUCAGAUUGUAAAAAAAAAAAAAAAAAAAAAAAAAGAUUUAAUUCAAACCAGGCUUCUUGCACAAUGCAGUUUAAACAAAGAGGCCACUUCUUCUCCCCAGCCCCCACCCCCAAAUCGCCCCACAAGAAAACAUAAGCCGUAAUCGUUUCAUGCACGCCUUUCUGGACUUUGCAAUAGAUUGUGCAGCACACAGGACGUCUCACACUAAGAAACUAAGAAACUGACAGGACCUCGUUCAUCUGAAACAGGCUAAAGAUGACAUCCAGGGGAAAUACCACAGCAUUUCUUUUCUUAUUAUUGUUCCUUUCAUGGAGAGUUGGUCACGGAGGCAGGAUUCUGAUCGUUCCUUUGGAGGGCAGCCACUGGGUGAACAUGGACAUUAUGGCUCGAGCCCUCCACGCUCACGGACACUCCAUUGAUGUAUUAAAAACCAACAAAAGCUGGUACAUCAAGGAUGACUCCCCGAACUACAAAACCAUCACCGUCCCGGUCGCAAGAGCUUUUAAUCAUGAUUUCAUCGACCCAGUCGUUAGGGAGAUUUUUGAGAUCGAGAGGGGAAAGAGCUUUGUUAUGAGCUUUAUAAAUUUGCGGGUUGCAAUGUUUAAGGCUAUGUUUGACAUGCAUGGGAUAAUGAGCAAGAUGGCAAGCGUCAUGUUGGAGGAUGAAAUGUUCAUGAAUAGUUUAAAGGCAAAAAAGUACGACCUGGUGCUGACUGAUCCUGCAUGGGGAGCAGGGAUAAUAUUAGCGCAUGCUCUUCAUUUACCUCUAGUCUAUAAUGUGAGAUGGGUUACGAGUGGCGAAGGCCACUUAACCCUUGCACCUUCGCCCUUAUCGUACAUCCCAAUCACCGGCUCAGGACUGACAGACAAAAUGACCUUCCUGCAGAGAGUCAAAAAUCUCUUUUUCUACGCCAUCUGGAAAGCUCAGGACGCCUUCUUGAUCGAGCCCCAGUAUCAGGCUGUCUGCGAUAAGUUCUUCGGCCCAGAGGUUCGAUACAGGGACUUGUUACGGGGAGCGGACCUGUGGCUCAUGAGAGUGGACUUUGUUUUUGAGUACCCCCGCCCCACCAUGCCAAAUGUCAUCUACAUAGGGGGCUUCCAGUGCGAACCUCCUCAGCCUCUUCCGGAGAACUUGGAGGAGUUUGUGCAGAGCUCUGGAGAGCACGGGGUCAUCAUCAUGUCUCUGGGGACCUUCGUGGGUGAACUCCCUUCAGACGUGUCGAACAAGAUUGCAGACGCCUUCAGUCAACUGCCCCAGAAAGUCAUCUGGAGGUAUAAAGGUAACAAACCGGCCACUCUGGGGGGAAACACUUUACUGGUUGACUGGAUGCCACAAAAAGACCUUUUAGGACACCCGAAGGUGAAACUAUUUGUUGCUCACGGAGGAACAAACGGAGUCCAGGAGGCCAUUUAUCAUGGAGUACCAGUGGUGGGUUUGCCUGUGUUUUAUGACCAGUACGACAACCUGCUCCGUCUGCAAGAGAGAGGAGCUGCCAAGAUCCUCACAUUAGCUACCGUGGACAAAGAAGACACGUUUCUGAAAGCUGUUAGAGAAGUCCUGACCGAGCCCUCCUACAGGACGAACAUGCAGAGACUCUCCAGACUGCACAGGGAUCAGCCGAUGAAGCCGAUGGACUCGGCUCUCUUCUGGAUCGAGUUUGUAAUCAGACACAAAGGCGCGGCUCAUCUGAGGACCGAGUCCUACAGGCUGCCCUGGUAUUCCUACUACUCCGUAGACGUUGUCCUGUUCUUUCUGUCUGUCGUUGCAGUGAUAACAUUUUCAAUAGCUACGACCUUCAGGUUGGUCUGUCUUGCAACAUGUUCAAAAGCAAAAAUGAAUCAAAAGAAGAAAACUUCAUGAGGUCUAGUAUUGGCAUAAUUUUACAAAAAUGCACACUGGAUGUUUGUUUUGCGUUGUUUCUAUAUGAUGCUUCUUUUAAAUUGACCAAACAGGUAAUAAAUAUUUUCUAAUUGA